AUGGCAUCGCAUUACCCAGCUCCCGAGAGCGGUCACCACAAACGAGUCAAAUCAUCAGUAUUGAAGACAUUCAUACACAAACGUACGGCAUCUGGUGGAGAGGCUCUGCCCUCACCUACAGACAUGUUUGUCCCAUCCCCGACUUACGAUAACGCACCAUUUCAGCCGAUGGAUCAAUAUUACCAUCAUCAACCUCUAGGAGAACUUCACCAGAAUCAACAAACCCUAAGUCCGCCAUCGUCACCCAAGAAAUUCAAGGAUGGUCACCGUCCGAAUACGAGCGAGCAGCCGACAUACAAAUCUCUACACAAGAAAACUCUAAGCUCGAUAUCUCUAAAAUCUCUAUCUGGUAGAGACAGCGACAAGCAAUCAAAGUCCAAGGACAACAAACCUGACAAGCCGAAGAAAACCAAGUCAUCGACAAAUCUCGCAAGUCUUCUCUCGCGCCCAAAGUCUUCGAAGAGUCUACGGAAGCGUGCAGAGGAGGAGGCAGCUAUCGCCAAAGACAAGGAAAAUCAGAGCCCUCAAUUAUCGUCACCGUCCCAGCCGUCGCGGCCACCAAUUUAUGCGCAAUUCUCGAGCGAGUACUUUACAAAGCAGCCGCUGGGUGGGAAAUUCUUGGAGGAUGAAAUUGAUUUAUACACCCCCGAACAAUAUUCUCCUGGAAAACAACGUGAUUUUGGUAACGACAUUGGGUCUCAACCAUCUCUGGGCAACCGUGAUGGAAAGCAACGUCCGAAAAGUACCUAUCUCCCAAGCAGUUUCAGUAUACAGGAUAUCACGAGAAAGGUCAGUAGAGAAAGCCAGCGGAAGAGCGCAGAUGUUUCUAGGAAUGUGACGCAGGAGAAACGACCAAGUUUUGAAAGGAAGACCACCGCGUCAUCGACAACAUCAGACAAAAAUGCACAGCACAAAGGGCAGAGAGUACUGGCUGCCGUGACCAACUUCAGGGGUGAAAAAGCAAAACCGUCCGGAAAUGAAUCCCAGAGUCCUCUUGAAGAUAGCAAUAUAGAUGAACAGUUUGAAAAAAUGCUUGAUCGACGAAAUAUCCCAGAGAAUCAGCGGGGUAAGAUGAGGGGACUUUCGCUAGCUAUGAAGAAGGACUUUGUCAGGCAGGACUGGGCAGAAGAGGCUGCCAAGAAGGCAAAACAUGGGACCACGGGUAGCAAUUCAAGUGCUGAUGCUACCUCUGGGACCCAUGAGAUACCAGAAGUUAAGAGCAAGCGUCCCAGAAGUCGGACUUUUACAUUAUCAAGGGGCAGUAGCAAGGACACUUCGUCAGCUGCAAAGCCGACCAAGCCAGAAGGGACGCUGAGCCGACAUUCAAGAACGAAGUCUUCAGAAAGCGUCAAAGGAGAUGUCAAGUCUUUUGCUGCUGUUGGUACAUCAGUGGCUCAGACAUUGAUUGCCAAAGCAAAGGGUCAGACACCAGAUGAUUUUGUCACAUAUCUAAGAAAAAAUCAAAAGCCAGAGCUUGUCGAAGUUGGACGACUUCACAAAUUACGGCUGCUCCUCCGUAAUGAAACAGUUGCAUGGACCGAUGAAUUCGUCGGUCUUGGCGGGAUGGAAGAGAUUGUCGGAUUACUACAUCGUACUAUGGAAGUGGAGUGGAGAGAGGAACAUGAAGAUGCUUUGUUGCAUGAGGUCCUCCUCUGCUUGAAAGCGCUCGCCACCACAGCCCUUGCUCUACACCAUCUCAACAAAAUACAGGUCACACUGUUUCCAGCUCUUUUGCAUAUGCUAUUCGACGAGGAGAAGAAAGGACCUAGUGAGUUCACUACGCGGAAUAUCAUCAGCUAUCUCCUUUUCGCCUGGCUGAAAGCCGCACCGGUCAAAGAACGCACUCUCAGAGCCAAAACGCUCCUAAGCUAUCUUCGCAAUCAAGAAGCCAGCGAGUCUCAAAGACCUGUUGAUUUUGUUCUCGAAAUGCGACGACCGCGCCCUUACACCAUAUGGUACAAGGAAGUCUCUAACGUCACCAAGGAAGUCUUUUGGAUCUUCCUACAUAAUCUUAAUGUCAUUUCUCUUCCUAAGCAUAACGACAUUCUAAACCACGACAACAAUUAUUCAACAAUAUCCUCAAUUGGCUCAAACAGCAGUUUCGACAGUUCUAAUCCAUAUCACAUCUACAUGGCCAAACAUUUCCCUCAGGAACUCCCACCCGUUCCCGCAGCACCUUACGUCGGCGGUGUCGAAUGGGACGCCACCAACUACAUCUCCUCCCACCUCGACCUCGUCAACGGCAUCCUCGCCUGCCUUCCAACUCAAAUGGAACGCAACACCCUCCGCGACCAGAUGCGCAUUUCGGGAUGGGAAAAAGUCAUGGGCUCCACCCUACGUCUCUGCAAGGAAAAGUUCUACGGUGGCGUCCACGCUGGUCUCCGAUGUUGGGUUGCGGCUGCCGCAGAGGAUGGCUGGGAUACACGCGACGUCAGGUGUGGGCCGUGUAUCGAGAAGAAGAUGAGUCCGAAGAAAUCGCCUACGAAGACCUCGGCACCGCUGGAUGCGCCGAAGAUUGAGAUGAAAUUGAGUUUUGCGGGGGAGGGAAAGGGGGAGAGGAGGGUUGUUGAUGAUGGGUGGUUGUGA